GUUCGCUCGGCUUUCUUACAAGUCAGAUCCCUCCCCACACUCCACAGUCCAACCUCACCCUCAACCAGAGUUCUUCGCAUGGUUGCUUUGAUGGUUUCUACUUUCUACAGAAAGAGAGAGAGAGAGUGAGCGAUUAGAUUUGGUACAAAGUAGAUAAGCAAAAACAGAGAAGGAAGAGGAUGUCUCUAACAUGUGUGAAAAUGUCCGAGGACGUCUGGUUAACUUGUCUAACUCAUGCAUUGUCUACCGAGACCGAAGAGAUCAUGGGCCUUCUUCUCGGUGAUAUCGAGUACAAGAAUGGGAAUGUAAUUGCACUAAUUUGGGGAGCAUCACCUCAAACUCGAUCUGAUCGGAGAAAGGAUCGCGUGGAGACCAAUCCUGAACAGCUGGCUGCUGCUUCAGCCCAAGCUGAAAGAAUGACAACUUCAACAGGAAGAACAACUAGAGUGAUUGGGUGGUACCAUUCACAUCCUCAUAUUACAGUUCUUCCUUCACACGUUGAUGUGCGUACUCAAGGAAUGUACCAACUCCUUGAUUCUGGGUUUAUUGGGCUGAUUUUUUCCUGUUUCAGUGAGGAUUCAUACAAGGUUGGCAGGAUCCAAGUCAUUGCAUUCCAGUCCUCAGAUGGGAAGCAAUCUCAAAUUUCAAGACCGAUUUCUCUGUCUCCUGUAAAUAAAAAUUCGGUAAUUGAUCUUGAAUCAUCUUUGAGUUCCACAGAAAAUGCAGCAGUGAGAUCUGGCACUGCCAUAGAGAGUCCUGAACAAGACACCGGUGAUUCUAGAAUGGCUGGAGGUAUUAAGGUUGGGGGAAGAUCUUCUGAUUUGGGGGUUCUCUUUGCUAAUGCUGAUGCAAGCUCUGUAAAAAAAGAGAGAUUUGGAGGAAGCUACAAUACCAACCAUUCAUAUGAUUUUGUUGAUAUAGAUCCCAUGGAUAUGUCAGAGAGUAUGCAAGAAGCAAUGCAUCGUUCAAAUUUGGACAUGAGCGGUGCAGAGUAUGUCAGGAAGGAAGUUCCCCUUUAUGUAAUGCCUUCAUCAAACCUUAUUAAGCUUGAAUCUCCUUUAACAUCAUUCACGGAUUUGCAACGUGUAUUGUACGAAGAGGAACAAGCAGCAUAUAACCAAGCUAUCAUGCAAAAUAUGAGGGAUUGGAAAGUUCAUCCGCUUGCGUUUGUACAUCACACAUCGACAUAUCAAGCUUCCAUGUGCAAACUAAUUGAAUAUUGCUUGAGUCCAGCCAUAAGUGCUCUGCAGGACCGUUUAAGAGAGAAUGAAACUCGGAUGUUGAUACUUAAAGAUGAAGCCAAGAAUUUAGAGGCUGAGGCAUUGAGAGUAAGUGACUUGAGUUCGGGAUCUCCUCGUCAAGUUCAAUCACAUGGUCCCCGUGGAAGUGCUUCGCCUAGUUCUAGUUUGGCUGGUGCUGGUAGCCGGAGCAGAAGAGGGUCACAAUGAAACUUCAUAGUAACGUUGUUUCUUUUCCUGUUGUAAUGUUUAGGCUAGAAUAUUUAGUUACUCUCACAUACAUGUUUUUGGUUUUCACCAAAAUUAGUCAUGCCUUUUGGAUGGAGUAUGUUGUGAAGAUGGGGUCUAGUCUCAGGUUUUAUUUCUUGAUAUCAUUUUGGCACUGGUGACCGUGAUAGGUAAAUCACACAGUAAGUAUAGCCUUGGGAAUUUUGGGCAAGUGUAAGCCUAGACGAAAAAAGAAAAAGGGUUAUAAUUUGUCUAUAGUAUGAUUAUUCAUGUCAAUCAUUCUUGUAUCGGAUCGAGCAAAUAUAUUAUCGGUGAAGAAUGAAAUUGAAUUGUUUAAUUUUGUGAA